AUGGCGAUCAUCAUGUUCUUGGUGAAGGUGAAGGUGAAGAAGCCGGCAGUGGUGUACCUGCUGAACCUAGCCGCUGCCGAUGUUCUCUUUGUUAGUAUUCUUCCAUUCCACAUUGUGUACCGAUUCUUAGGAAGUAACUGGCUUAUGGGGGAAGGGAUGUGCCAAUUUGUCACUGCUGCAUUUUAUAGUAACAUGCGUGGAUCCAUUCUGCUGAUGACGAGUAUCAGUGUGGAUAGGUUCCUGGCUCUAGUCUACCCGGUCCAGUCCCUUCCCUGGCGCACAGUGAGACGAGCCUGGCUGGUGUGUUGCUGCAUCUGGGUGAUAUCGAUGGUCAGCACGGUGCCGCUUCUCAUUAGGCAACAAACCCAAAAAUUUCCAAUCCUGAAGAUCACAACUUGCUCUGAUGUCCAGGAUGCCGAUUCUUUUUACAAGUUUUAUGUUUACUAUUAUUUCCCCUUUUAUAUCGCAUUUUUAUAUUUCUUACCUUUAACUAUUAUGGCCUUCUGUUACAUUGGAAUUGUCUGCAGCCUCAGCACCCCGAGCAUUAAGGGCGCCCAGAAGAGAUCCCGAGCCAUCCUCCUGUCUGUGGUUGUGCUGUGUGUGUCUAUCCUCUGCUUUGGCCCAGCCAAUGUUAUUUGGUUGAUGCAUUUCCUGCAGGUCUAUAAACGAGCCAGUAACUUCUUGUACAUCGUCUACAUCGUCUCUGUCAGUAUGGGCAGUGUCAGUUGUUGUGUGGAUCCUCUUAUCUAUUACUAUGCAUCCUCUCAAUGGCAGAGACACGUGUAUAGCCUGCUGGGGUGUAGGAGAGAACAUAAAACACCAGUAAACCAGCAUCGGGUCCUUGUCCAAAAAGACAAGAUGCAGAGAAGUACCGACAAAUCUUCUGAAACUUCUCGGUUUAUGUAA